ACGUUUUAAUCUGGGUACAUGGAUAAAGCAUUGACUUACCAGUCUUCUCUUAAAUAGUCUUUGGUUGUAAUUAAUCUUUGCUUUAUUUUCGAAUUUAGUUUUGAAGGUUAUGGUAAAUUGUUACGUGCCGGAUAAUGGAAGAUGAAGAUUGUAAGGAUGCGUGGAUGGUUCGUCCCUGUAUGCUGUACAAAGAGGAGUACAAGGAAUGCACAUGCCUGAAGGGAAGGUUUCACCAGUAUUUCAUCCAUGGGAAAACAAUCGACUGCUCCCAAUGGGAGAGAGAUUACGAAAACUGCAACAGGUGGUCCAAAGGAGGUGACAAGAAAGCUUUGGCGGAAAUUGUGAAGAGCGAAACGGACAGGCGAUUGAAACGUCUGGCAAACCACUACAAGAACAACGUGUGGGAGAAGAGAACUGAGCCCCCGGAGGACUGGAACAAGCCCCUUCCAGACUGGAUGGAGAAGGAGUUUCAGACGUCGUACUUGCAGCUGAGAUCUCAGGAGAUGAAGCUCGACGGCGCAGAAAAACCACCGACCGCAGAAAGAACUCUGUGCGUGUUGCUCUGAGGUCGUGGUUCUUAAAACUCCAAAGGUGCUGUAAAGAAUGUGUGCAGAAGUAGUCGUACUUGUUAGAUGUGUAUUUCUGGGAUCGUCCAUAAUAUAUUUGAGUUAACGAGUAUUAGUUGUAUUUCUGCUUUUGCCAUUUAAAUUUACUUAGAAUAUUAAUUUCAACCAGCUGUGUACAUUAUAAAUAACUAUUUGUUCUACUAAUUUAAUUUUUGGUUGUUUAUGUAUAUUUUGUCUUGAAAGGGUAAAUACUGUAUCUACCUAAACAUCAAAUUAGCCUUGCUCCUCUAAUAUUUAGACGAUAACCACAAGUGUUUGUUUUUUAGAAUAAGUCUCACACCAAACUGUAAAAAAUAUAGCUUGAGGCCAUAUUUCAAAUUUUUAUUAAAUGUAUAUUAUGGACUUAAAUUUUUUUUUCAGAAGUAUAGAUUGCUGAUGGUGAUGUCUGCCAAUUAUUUUUCAGCAUUCUUUAUUCUAGCUUCAAGAAUACUAUUAAAUGUAUUAAUAUUUCCAGUAAAAUUCUUUAUGUAAGUAUAUUUCUCGAAAUACAGCAGGCAGUAAAUAUUUAAUCUAUGAAUUAACUGUGAUUUAUAACAUGUUUACCGCAACGCGAAGGAAAAGAGCUUCAUGAAUGUAAAAUGGCUAUAGAUCACAGCUUUAUUAUUUACGCAGUGAAGUGCCAGUGAUAUCUCGGCCAUGAAUCAUCUAAACCAGUUUCACGUUACAAAGAUUAAAGAUUACAAACAAAAUAAAUUGUGAAUUUCUGAGGAAGUGCACAACAAAUUCUCACAUUUCAAAGAAUUUUUUUUUUUUUUUGCAAUACCACCAUCUCUAAGUUUUUUCUUUUUUUCCCCAGUCACAUAAAUGAUUUUUCACCACAAGGUAUUUUCUUCCCGCAACACGAGUUCUAAUUUCCUGAACAUUUUUAAUCAUUUUAGGUUUUGCAGCAGCUGUAGAUAAUAGCAACAACAAUUCAUUAGUAACCAUUGCAAUGUCCUUCUCACAGAAAAACACACAAACCAUGUGCAAGAUGUCAGUUGUACAUUGAGCAACAGCAGGUUAACCAACAUUAGCGCUUGAUGGAUUUAGAUUAAUUUUAUUUUUAAAACUGUGAUAUUUCUGGUAUGUUGUUUUUAUUUUCCAUGAGGUUUGUUUAUUCAAUAAAUAUGGCACUGGA